AUGAAUACGAUAGCUGGAGUUGGAUCAGAAUGGUGGCAUGGCACUUCAAGACUAAGAGGGAAAGUCUUGAUUUGUUUGGUUGUUGCAACUUCAAUAUUGAUGGUGGCUGUAGCAGAACCAAGUUUGAAACAAAAGGGUUCAUCUUAUAAUGCGACUCGAAAGGUUGAGUCUCCUCACCAUGUGACGAAAGGCCACUCUGGUUACCAACAUGUUUGGCCUGAUAUGAGAUUUGGUUUGAGAAUUGUUGGGGGUACUAUAAUUGCAUUCUUUGGAGCAGCAUGUGGGAGCGUGGGAGGCGUUGGUGGAGGCGGCAUUUUUUUUCCCAUGCUUACACUGGUUAUUGGGUUUGAUUCUAAAUCAUCAACAGCAUUAUCAAAAUGUAUGAUCACAGGUGCAGCGGCGACAACUGUCUUCUAUAAUUUAAGACUAAGACACCCGACACUGGAACUGCCCCUUAUCGACUACGAUCUGGCAAUUCUAUUUCAGCCAAUGUUGAUUCUGGGAAUUAGUAUUGGAGUGGCUCUGAAUGUUCUUUUUGCUGACUGGAUGAUCAUUAUUUUGCUAAUCAUUUUCUUCAUAGCAACAUCAACCAGGUCAUUCUUCAAAGGCGUUGAAACAUGGAAAAAAGAAACCAAAUCAAAACAGGAAGCUGCAAGAGCAAAGUUGGAAAUUCAUGACGACGAGAUUGAAGCAGCAGAGGAAAAGCCUCUUCCUGGAGGCACCACCACUCAUGAUCAAAUAAAACACGAGCCCAAUAAAGAGAAGCUCUCUAUAAUAGAGAAUAUUAAAUGGAAGGAGCUUGGAAUUCUUAUCAUUGUGUGGCUGAUUAUUCUUGCAUUGCAGAUUGGGAAGAAUUAUACAACAACCUGCUCAGCUAUAUAUCGGCUAUUGAACAUAUUACAGAUCCCGGUGGCAGCUGGUGUAACUUCAUACGAGGCGGUUAACCUGUACAAAGGGCGGAGAAAAAUUACAUCCAUGGGAGAAGCAAGCAAUGACUGGCCAGUGCACAAACUUAUUUUAUAUUGUUUCAUAGGUGUUAUGGCUGGCACAGUUGGAGGCAUGCUUGGACUUGGUGGCGGUUUCAUUUUGGGUCCUCUUUUCUUGGAGAUGGGAAUCCCUCCACAGGUUUCAAGCGCCACAGCCACCUUCGCCAUGAUGUUUUCUGCUUCCUUGUCUGUAGUAGAAUAUUACCUUAUAAAACGUUUCCCCGUCCCUUACGCUCUCUACUUCUUCACCGUGGCCACAAUUGCCGCCGUGGUGGGGCAACAUGUGGUGAGAAAGCUGAUCAGCAUAUUAGGGAGAGCAUCUCUGAUCAUCUUCAUUCUGGCGUCCACAAUAUUUGUGAGUGCAAUACUAGUAGGUGGUUCUGGCAUGGCAAGCAUGAUCAAGAAGUUUGAGAGGAAGGAGUACAUGGGAUUCGAAAGCAUUUGUUCAUAGGGAGAAGCUUGGAAACUAACCAGGCCUUCUCGUUCUGAAUUAGCACAUUGACUUU